GUAAACUAAAAAUAAUAUAAUAAAAUAAAUAAUAAAGCUAAAGAGGAGGCUGUAUGGGCAUUAUUUCCUUUGCCUACCCUAAAAAAGGAAAACUUCAAGAAAAAACCACUUCGUUUUCGUUGAUUCGUUUGGGUAGUGUGUAGUGUUGUGGUUUGGUGUUAAUUUUAUUGUGAUCAAUAUGUUACGUAAAUUGUUUUAUUUAACGUUAACAAUCACAUAAACCUAAUUGUAAUAUAUCCGUUGGUCUAACCAAGUGUUAGUAACCAUGGCUGACGACGAACUACCAUCCGACAGUAGUUUACUUGUUAUAAUCGUGGAUACUAAUCCAAACCAAAGGUACAUAACUGAAGAUCCAAAGGUAUUGACUGGUUGCCUCGAUGCAGUCAUUGCAUUUGCAAACUCCCAUUUGAUGCAGAAAUCUAGAAACCAAUUAGCUGUUAUUGGCUGCCAUUUUCAUAAAAGUGAAUAUCUAUAUCCCUCACCGGGAAAGCCACUAGAUGUGCGACAAAUUGACGGACAGUAUGAAUUAUUCACCUUAGUAGAGAAAACUAUUAAAAUGAGAUUAGUGAAUUUAAUAAAAAGUCAGCCACAAGAUGAGAAGCCUGGUGAAUCAUUAUUAGCUGGAGCACUGGCUAUGGCUCUCUGCUUUAUAGCCAGGAUGCGACGCGAGUCGCCUCCAGGGCUUCGGACCAGCAGUCGUAUUCUAAUAGUGACGGGAAGCUCAGACACAGCAGCACAGUAUAUCAACUACAUGAAUGUAUUCUUCACAGCUCAGAAACAGCAGGUCCUGAUUGAUGUCUGUUCCAUGGACAAGCACCUGAGUUUACUUCAACAAGGCUGUGACAUCACAGGAGGGUUGUAUCUCAAAGUGCCAUCACUGGAAGGAUUAUUGCAGUAUUUACUAUGGGUAUUUUUACCCGACGCAUCGGAACGGACUAAGCUGGUGUUGCCAGGCAGAGGGCGCGUGGACUACCGUGCCGCCUGCUUCUGUCAUCGAGAACUACUCACUAUCGGUUACGUGUGCUCUGUGUGCUUGAGUGGUGAGUGUUGCAAUAACCUCCCAAACAGUGGGUAUUGUUGCCGGAUGAAGCCGGUGUUGCCAGGUACAGGGCCUGCUUCUGGCAUCGGGAAAUACAAACUAUCGGCUACGUGUGCUCUGCUUGCUUGAGUGGUGAGUGUUGCAAUAAUCUCCCAAACAAUGAGUAUUGCUGCCGGAUGAAGCCGGUGUUGCGAGGCAAAGCGUCCGCUUCUGGCAUCGGAAACUAUGUGUGCUCUGUGUGCUUAUGUGGUAAGUGUUGCAAUAAUCUCCCAAAUAGGGGGUGUUGCUGCAGGAUGAAGCCUGUGUUGCCAGGCAGAGAAUCUGCUUCUGCCAGCGGCAACUACUCAUUAUCGACUACGUGUGCUCUGUGUUCGUUAAGUGGUAAGGUAAAGUCCUACAAUAAUAAUUUAUAUGGAAGGAAUUCUAAACACUAUUAUUUAACUAACAUGUCAGAAUUGUUAAUUUUUGUUUUUUUUAUUUAGAAAGAAAUAAAUAUCGCUCUUUUACUGUUGUAUGAAAUUAAUUAGAACAAACUUUAAUACAAACUAAUUUUCCACACAAAUGGCUACUGGUGGCAGCAUGCGUAACACGGUUCAAGUGUAAAAACCCAAUUAUUGACUAUUUUUCUCUCAUAUCUAUAUCUUAUUCAUUGUUGCAGUGUUCUGCAAAUUCAGUCCAAU